UUACCUAGAGAGCCGGUCCAGGUGGGGCUCUAACUCGGCGCUCGCUCCCCCCUGGGGCCCCGCCCGCGCAGGAAGCGGGGAGAACACCUGGCCGAGCUGCUCCUCGCCCUUCCCCUCCCCCCACCGCCCAGAGAGGUCGGGUAAGGGGGAAGGGGUGCGUGUGGGAGGGGGAGUCCCAGGCCCGGGGGACCCGCUGUCACCCGGUCCCGGGAGCUCGCGCGGGCCCUGGGGAUGUAUCCCCAGGCCUAGCUCCCACUCCCUCCGCCCCGCCCUGCCGUGCUCCGGGUGACGUGCCCACCCUGGGCCAGCAGCCAGAACCUGGAUCUCAGGGACGCCCAGGACCCUCGAGGAGGCACGGACGUGGUGUGUUCCCCCUUCCCCAGACGGCGAUGACCCCCAAGCCUCCCGGACCGGACGGGGGCUGGGGCUGGGUGGUGGCGGCCGCAGCCUUCGCGGUGAAUGGGCUCUCCUACGGGCUGUUGCGCUCCCUGGGCCUUGCCCUGCCUGACCUCGCGGAGCACUUUGACCGAAGCACUCAGGACACUGCGUGGGUCAGCGCCCUGGCCCUGGCGGUGCAGCAGGCAGCCAGCCCAGUGGGCAGCGCCCUGAGCACCCGCUGGGGGGCGCGCCCGGUGGUGAUGGUUGGGGGCGUCCUCACCUCGCUGGGCUUCGUCUUCUCGGCUUUCGCCCGCAGUCUGCUGCACCUCUACCUUGGCCUGGGCGUCCUCGCUGGCUCUGGCUGGGCCCUGGUGUUCGCCCCGGCCCUCGGGACCCUGUCCCGUUACUUCUCCCGCCGUCGAGUCUUGGCCGUGGGGCUGGCCCUCACGGGCAACGGGGCCUCCUCGCUGCUCCUGGCGCCCACCCUGCAGCUGCUCCUUGAUACUUUCGGCUGGCGGGGCGCCCUGCUCCUCCUCGGCGCCAUUACCCUCCACCUCGCCCCCUGUGGCGCCCUGCUGCGACCCCUGGUGCUCCCUGGCGACCCCCCGGCCCCACCCCGCGGGCCCUUAGCUGCCCUCGGCCUGGAUCUCUUCGCGCGCCGGGCCUUCUUAGUUUUUGCUCUGGGCACAGCCCUGGUGGGGGGCGGGUACUUCGUGCCCUACGUGCACUUGGCCCCUCACGCUUUAGACGGGGGCCUGGGCGGCUACGGGGCCGCGCUGGUGGUGACGGCGGCUGCGCUGGGGGACGCGGGCGCGCGGCUGCUCAGCGGCUGGCUGGCGGACCGGGGCUGGGUGCCCCUCUCGCGGCUGCUGGCGGUGUUCGGGGCUCUGACCGGCCUGGGGCUGCUGGCCGUGGGGCUGGUGCCCUUGGUGGGGAGCCGGGAGGGCUGCGGGGGGCCCCUGCUGGCGGCGGCUGGGGUCUACGGGCUCAGCGCCGGAAGUUACGCGCCCUUGGUUUUCGGCGUGCUCCCGGGGCUAGUGGGCGUCGGAGGUGUCGUCCAGGCCACGGGGCUGGUGAUGAUGCUGAUGAGCCUUGGGGGGCUUCUGGGCCCUCCGCUCUCAGGCUUCCUAAGGGACGAGACGGGAGAUUUCACGGCCUCCUUCCUCACCUGCGGCUCUUUCAUCCUCUCUGGCAGCUUCAUCUACAUGGGGCUGCCGGGGGCGCUGCCCUCCUGCCGGCCAGCCUCCCGGCCGGCCAGCCCUCCCCCCGAGAGGGGGGAGCUGCUCCCCGCUCCUCAAGUUGCCCUGCUUUCCCCUGGAGGCCCUCAAUCCACUCUGGACACUGCUUGUUGACCAUUAGUUUGAGCCACGCCCCCAGUAAAGAAUUUCUAUCCAGUUUCCUGCAAACUCCAACUGUUAGCCUAUCUAGGAGGCUGAAAACAUUCUUUCUCCGUAAGAUAUUCAAGGGGGCGCCUGGGUGGCUCAAUCUAGUUAAGCCUCUGACUCUUGAUGUUGGCUCAGGUCAGGAUCUCGGGGUCCCGCUGGGCAUGGAGCCUGGUUAAGACUCUCGCGCUCUCUUGCGCUCUCUCUCUCUCUCUCCCUCUGCCUCUCUUCCACCGUCACUCUUCUUUUCUCUCUCUCAAAAAACAAUAAAAACAAAA